CAUUUUGUUCCGGCGCUCCGCGGACAGCUCUGUUGACAGUAACUUCCCAGCGUGCCUUGCGCGCUUCCUUUCCCUCCAUCUUCCUGUCACGGUGACGGUGGACUCACCUGGAUAUCAGCAAAGAUGCCUGGAAGACUCUGGAGUAAGGCCAUCUUCACAGGAUACAAGCGUGGGCUGAGGAACCAGCGCGAGCACACGGCGCUGCUGAAGCUCGAAGGAUGCUACACCCGGGACGAGGUCGACUUCUACCUGGGCAAGCGCUGCGCCUACGUCUACAAGGCCAAGAAGAACACGGUGACUCCGGGCGGUAAACCCAACAAGACCCGGGUCAUCUGGGGAAAAGUGACCCGGGCCCACGGCAGCAGCGGGAUGGUCCGAGCCAAGUUCAGCAGCAACCUGCCCGCCAAGGCCAUCGGACACCGGGUCAGAGUGAUGCUGUACCCGUCUCGAGUUUGAAGAACCAGCUGAUGUUUGUACAGAAACAAUAAACCUGACCCAUCAGAA